AUGUUUCGCUCAAUAUCUGGCAGUUUUCCGAAAGUUUCGACUAGGCUGGUUUCUAAUGGAAUUAAAUCGAAGGCAACGCAAUCUGGUGUUCUCAAUCCAGCACUUGCCUCUACGGGAGAGCUUCUAUCCUCUUUCCCGUAACGUAAAGACGUAUUAUCCCCUUAUCGUUAAAUUUUUAAAGAGAUGCGUAUCCGGACUUUCUCCAGUCGUCCGUUUGGAACCGUCGUAAUUCUUUGAAAAAUGAACUUGAGCGACAAGAUAUGCUGGAAAGACGCAUGAACAUUGAUAUUCCGGAGUUCUAUGUUGGUGAGUGAUCAUUGGCUAUAUUUUUCCAAUCAGUCGGGGACUUCCAGGUUCUAUUGUCGCUGUAACAAUGUCGGAUCAAAACUUAGGUUCGAAGGAACACAGAUUCGUUGGCAUUUGCACUCGCAGAGAAAAGGAAGCACUUCUUCAUCAGUUCACUUUAAGAAAUACAAUUGAGAACAUGGGUCAGUUUAGUUUUUCAAUAUUUUUUUUUUGAAAUUCGGGUCACAACCAUGAUUUUUUCCAAUUCUACACCAUAAUUGCGGUAAAAUUUUCGCGUGUACUCGAAAAUUCUCAGUGGACACAAUGAAAAGUUGAAAUUUUUUGAGAUGAUUUUUCUCAAAAAAAAAAACGGGAACUAUAAUAGAUAUCAAAAAGUUAUUAUUUAAUUAAUCUUUCUUAUAUAUAAAACACAAGAGGCGUCUUACGGUGAACAUUUGUAAAUAUGGUUUGAAUUUCAUGCCCGUAUUUUGUCGCUGCGUAACGACUCACGCGCGUGCUAAAGGGGGUACGGUUUGCGAUUCGGAGCGAUGAAACAGACUCGAGCAUGUUCACAAAUGUUCAGCGUGCGUCUGCUCAGGUAAAUCGUUUGUAAUCUAGCUAUCUAAUUCGCGUUUCUAACCGGACCUAAUUAGAUUGCAAAUUUACUGCGAUUAGAUUGCAAAUUCUUCUAACUGGACUGAUAAAUUUUCUAAUUAGAUUGACAAAGCUAAUUUCGCAAAAACACUCUCAGCGAUUUGAAGUGAGGAAACAGCGGCGGAAAGCGUGUCGAACACACUUACAACCGUGUUUCGCCACAGUGCCGCCGCUGUUUCGCCAGAACUCCGCCAGAACAGUGCGUUGUUUUCCGUUGAAACGGCGUUCCUCCGCCGUUUCGACAAAAGCGCCGCGGCUGUGGUCUCGCCACGAGCUUGGCGAAACAGCGGUCAUCCGCGGUUUCCUCAAAACGCCUCUUUCGCCGCUUUUUCCUCACUUCAAAUCGCUGAGCUGAUAUUAGAUUCAAAAUUUAUCUAAUUAGAUUAAAAUUUCGGGCAAACCUAGCUAGAUUAUGUCUAGAUUUCAAAAUCAGCUAGCUAGAUUUAGAAAUCGGUAGCAAUCUAACUAGGUCCGGCUAGAAACGAGAAUUAGCUAGUUAGAUUAGAAACGAUUUGCCUGAGUGUCUGUCUUUUUGUGAGUCCGCUGAGCGCAACAGAAAGAAUGGCGGACCGGACAAAACCGAGAACGUGGCUUUUUAGGACGGUUAGCGGACCCACUGUGCUCGGACGCAAGAGAUAUACAGUUACCUUUUCAGUAGGUACCCGUUACGACCUCAUGUUAAACGAGAAUGAUGAUACUAUGUAUGAUUUCAGGAGUCGAGGUCGUAUAUGAUUUAUACAAUCCAACAAUCAGAAAAAUUGAAACACUGAAGUUGGAAAAACGAAUGGAUGACGAUUUAAAAUAUCUCGUUGAUGCUCUUCCAGAGUAUUCGACAUUUGACUUCCAUAUGGAACCGCAGGCACAUGCAGCUGGCGCGCCUAUUCCUGUCAAUGAACUUAAGGUGAAUCGGCGCUACAGUAUAAUAAAACUGGGCAAAAUAGAAUAGAACCGUGACAGAAUAGAACUGCGACGUAAUAGAGCUGCGCGGAAUAGAACCGGCCAUAUUAUAGGGGCACCGGACAGAAAAGGCGCGCUGUUCGCAAUCUGGCCGAAUUUCUAGGCCGCGAAGUAAUUUUCCACUGAAAACGUGGCCUAACUUUUUAAACUCGGCCCCGAGGUCGCUCAAUUUGCAGUGCAGAAAGAGCUUCUCAACAGAGCGCCAUUUCUGUGCGGUGCCCCUAUAAUAAUAGAAGUGCGACAAAAUAGAACUGCGCAAAACAGAACUGCGACACAAUAGAACUGUUCAGAGCGCCUUUCUGUAGAAAAAUCGUUUUCUAAAGUACUCGGCAAAGGCGCGCCACUUUUGCGCAAACUUUACGCAGCUUCUGCUGGCUAGUUGAAAAAAGCUUCCGUUUUUUUCGUUUUUUUACACCGCUGAUUUGGGUUUUUGACGUAAAAAAACGAAAAAAAAAUCAUUUUUUUCACAGCCUGAAUAACCCCAUUAUAAAAUUCUCUGCUAAUUCACUGAAACACUUCUGAUUCAUGAAUCGGAGGAGUAACGGCCGUGUCUAUGCCGCGUCUUUUCGCCUUCCGCCAAAAAAAUUUGAAUUCCGCCUUUCAAAAAAUCGAUUCCGCUCAACUCUGGUUCCACUUCUCUUCUGAAUCAUAUCGCACGUAAUCAUAUAACAGUCUUAAUUCGAACGGAACUCACCGAGUCUCCUUUCGAGACAAAUGACUUGGACACUUUUUGACUGAAGUCGAUAGUUUCGUCCGGAUCCAUUUUUCUCUUCACAGUGGCUCAUGUUCUAUCUAAACCAGAAAAGAAUGUGAUAUAGUACAAAAGUACGAGCAUGUGAAUCGUUCAAACAUCUUGAAUAAUUGUGAAGUAGCUCGAAUUCAAGUGAUUUCAUACAAAUUUUCAAUAACACUCGCUUCUAACCGAUGAUCUCAAAUUAGUCAAUUCUUGUUUGAAACAAGUUUUUUGAGCAUUUUCAAGUCAGAUUCGUUCAAGCCUCUCGAUUCGCUAGAACCUGAUAUCAGAUUUUUGGCCAAAAUGAAGCCAGGCCCAACAAGGAUCAGACUGGCUUGAGCGCCAAACUCCAGGCUGACAUUGCCCACUUUUAGGACUUCAUAUGGAAGGUUUGAAACAUGACAUGUUUGAGUUUGGUGUCAAUCGGUUCAGUUUCAACCGAGUUAUGAGCUCCCGAUUGUUGAAGUGUAGAAAACCAACAUUUUUCAGUACAUUUCUGUUCAGUACAUUUUUUCAGUACAUUUUUCAGUACAUUUCUGUUGGUUUUCUUCACUUCAACAAUCGGGAGCUCAUAACUCGGUUGAAACUGAACCGAUUGACACCAAACUCAAAUAUGUCAUGUUUCAAACCUUCCUUAUGAAGUCCUAAAAGUGGGCAAUGUCAGCCUGGAGUUUGGCGCUCAAGCCAGUCUGAUCUUUGUUGGGCCUGGCUUCAUUUUGGCCAAAAAUCUGCUAUCAGGCACGGCCCGGCGUUUCAUACAUAGGACUUUCGGUUUGUUCAAUAUAUCUUCAGAAAUCGAACAUAGGGACCUCUGAUUUUUUGAUGAGUUUAAUUUUACUGGGUUCUUCAAAAUGAGCCAGGUCAGAGGUAAAUGUAAGGUUUCUGAGAGAAGUUACAGCUUCACAAUUUCCACUCCUCCGUAUGCUUUGCCGGCCCGUGAUCAGGUUCUAACGAAUCGAGAGGCUUGAACGAAUCUGACUUGAAAAUGCUCAAAAAACUUGUUUCAAACAAGAAUUGACUCAUUUGAGAUCAUCGGAGUCCCCCGGCUCCACUCCCGAGCUCCACACAGAACAUGAGGCCAAACCUGGGAGAGUGACCCUAGGUGGCGUCGGGGUCAAGGCUUCAAAAAGGCUUUUUGGACAUCCUAUAUGUGCAAAAAACCCCAUUCAAGAUCACGUUUAUCAGUUUAAGACGAUUCCAGAGUGUUUUCAGGGGUGGCCCUAUACUUAUGAAACGUUUGCAGCUGCAACAUUUUUGUUUGGGAAAGACGAUAUAUUCAAUUUUAGGGGUGGCCCUAUACUUAUGAAACGCACUGAAUAAUAUGUUUGUUUUCCGUUAUUCUUACAUCGCCGAAUUGUGCUUUUUGACGUAAAAAACGGAAAAAAUAAUUUUUUUCACACCCUGAAUAACCCCAUUACUUUGAAAUGCCCCGAUAGUACACCACUUGGGUACAAAGGGAGCUUUCGAGACAAAGACUCAAGCUUAAUAGAAUUUUCAUUUUUCGAAAAUUUGCGUCGAAGAAUUCUCAAACUGAACUUUUGAUUUUCACGCGAUUGUCAAUAGACUUGUUGUUCGUGCCGCGUCCAAAGUCUCGGAAAAACCGGAAAAACCGUAGGUUUUUCUGUCCAAAGUCGGCCGACAUUUGCGUGAAAAACGGGGAUGCGCACAGCUGAACGAAUUUAACCGUACCCCUAAAACUACGGUAAUUUUUGAAAAUUUGCGUAAAUAUCCUCAGGAAAUUCCUCAGAAAAAAAAACCUGCGGUUUUUCGGUUUUUCCGAGACUUUGGACGUGGCAUAUUCAACGAGCGUGAGUGUCGGAAGUGAUUAAGCACGUUAAUACAAGUAUUUUAAGCGUUCAAACGGGAAAAAGUAUCGGCGAAUGACCGAAAUUCGCGCAUUUUCAGCACAAAACUUAAAAUCGAUUCAAUUGAUUCAUUUCUGAAUGAAACGUGCUCGUUUUAAGCUCAAAAAGUGCGCGAUGAUUAGUUUAACCAAGGUAAGCAAUUACAUCGUCGAAACCCGUACAAAAUUUGGGUAAUUUUUGACGAAAAACAUGAAAAAUGGGGUUAAAUUUCGAAUUUCGCGCCAAAUGGUGAUAAACCGUGCACGCUAGGCCACGCCCCUUUCUACGUUUUUGGUCGCCGUGGCGAGCUAAAACGUAAAUUAAACGUUUAAAAACAUGCACUGCAUGGUGUAGCAAGAAAUUUAAUUGGCAUUUUAAGGUCAAAUUGAAAAAUAAUCCGUGGACUCGGCGCUGGGAGUUGUUGGGUUACCGUGGAAUUCAAGAUCUAUGGACACAAGUGACUCCUUGGUACAAGAGAAAGCUAACGAAAACCAAGGUAUUUAAAUUUGACCAUCCGUCAAUUCUUGUUCAUUUCAGGUUACUGACUACGAAAAGUAUGAUCUUAUCUACCACUACAGAACUUCGUCGACUGCUGAACAAGAUAAAUUCGUCCAAGUAAAAAUUCAAGAGUGAGUUCACUCACUUGUCGUUUAGUAUUAAAAAAAAAUGACAAGAAUGAUAUGAGGAAGAAAAACUUCGUUUCAUUCUCGCUUAAAUUUCAGAUUCGAGAAAGAGAGACACUCUGCAGGACUAACGCGUCGUCGUAUCCUUAAAAGUGCAUCGGCAAAUAAAUAG